AUGGGCAGGGAUUUAAGUGAUGAAGAAUACAAAUACUGUCGCGAGCCAAGUAAGGGCAGGCCUCUGGUGGAAUUAAUCAACAUCUUCGCGGAGUUCACCCCUCUCAGUGCAGGUAUUGAGUCGAUGGAUCCAGCCAAUCGCGAUGCUUGUCAGGAACUUCUAGUCGCGUGUGUGGCACAGAAAAACAGCUUUUUGCAAUGGUAUGCUCUACGGAAAGAGACCAUUGGCGGAGACCCACUCAAGUCGUCUGACGACUUUUGCUGCAUCGACAUACAUCCAGUUAAUACCACCUUUGGUAAGGCUUAUAGCUUUGUUUCUCUGGAUAAUGCUUUGCUGCACGUUCUUUACUGGACAGCGAUGGCAAUUGUCUCGGCUAUGGUCUCUCGGGUGCAGACACUAGUGAUGUCGCAUGAGAACGGAGCAGGGCCUGUUGGGGACCACACAGCCGACGAAGAGUAUCUCAAGAUGCAAGCAUAUGCAGAUCAGAUUGUUCGAUCUGUGCCAUUCUUUGUGCAGGAAAAAAACAAGUUAUUUGGCCCUCAUAUGGUAAUGUUUGGAGUCGCCGCGGCUUGUAAAGCCUAUAUCAAUCUGGGGAUAUUCGAAAAAUUCGACUGGUGCCAGAACACCCUGGGCAGCUUUGCAGACCGUGGAUUUGAGGCAUGCCAGCACUACCGUGAGUAUGCUUGGAGCUAUUGGAAUGCCACAACUUCAUCUGCGGCGGACUCCUUCCUUCCAAUCUCCGUGAGAGGCAAGCGGAUGGGUGAUUCUCCUAUUGUGUCGAAUAAUCAAGUCACCGACACUUCCGAAUAUGGGCAAUCUCACUUCCCAAGCCCUGUCAGCUGGAAAUACUCAGACAGGUGUGUUGCUUUCUCGCCGGAAACUAUUCUGCUCGAAGAUCCCUGGCAAAAAGGGACUAUGUGCUGCGUGGCUACCUGA